AUGGAUGAAGAUGAAUAAGUAGAUUAAACAAUGGUUACUUUUGGUUCUAUAAUUGCCAUAUCUGAUUUCGUGGAUCAGUCUGCUUUCUUAUUCUCGGAUGGGUUUCUUAAACCUGGCCUAUUUUUAAAAAACUUCGUUUAUAAAGAAUAAAAAAAAAAAACAUAUGAAGGUUUAGAUAAUGAUUCCUUUUACAAAUGCUUAUUUUAGGUUUUGCCCAGAGUCUCUGAUACAGUUAAGUCACGAGUUUUAUAAGAUUGUAAUGUAACGGAUAAUAAGAAAGAAGAAAAGGAUGGAAGAAAUGAUAAAAUCAAAAUGUCGAAUCAAAGAAUGAAUGAGGAGCUUAGUUAAUUAAUGAAUGAGUACAAGCAAAACAUAGAUGCAAUAGAUAAAUCCAGAUAUUAAAAGUUGACAUAUCACUAGCCAUUUCAAUUACUACAUAUUGCAAGUGGUAAGUUUUUAGCAUGUCAUGACAACGAAGCCUAGAUCGAGAAUCAAAACUACUUAGUUAAAUUAGAUGACUUCUCAAGUGAUUACACUGUUUUUAAGAUAGUACCUGCAUAUAUGUAUUAAAGUCAUGGAGAACAGGAUGUAAAUGCUGGUGAAAUGUGUGCUAUUACCAGGACUAUGCCUAUCUCAAAUAGGUUAGCAUAUAUUAGUUGCUCAUAAAUGGAAAUUUCAGAAAUUAAAGGGAAUGCAUAAUUAAGAUCUGAACAUAUUUUGAAGAGAGAAAUAAAUGCCAAUGUCGAAUAGUCUCAUUCUUGGAAGAUAGUUUUGUUUUAAUAAUAUAUAUCUGAAAGCUCUCGAAACUUAAGAGUUGGGGAUUGCAUCUGGUUGUAUCAUAGUGAAGCCGAGGCUACACUCUCUGUGAAAAAAUAUCAAGAGGCUGUUGACAAGACCAAUUUCACAUUUUAUCACCUCUCCGAAUGGCUAUCUAUAAACAAUUUGUAUGUGUCGAUCACAAAGUCUCAAACAGAAAGUGCUUAAGGAUAUCAAGGAAGUACAAAUGGAUUAUGGCAAAUUGAAGGGGAGGAGUUCCUUCAAGGAGGAUUCGUCAAGUAUGAGGCUGGCUAUAGACUUAAGAAUAUUACUACUGGAUAUUAUUUAAGUGUAAUAGAAAGUUCAACCGAUAAGAAUAAUAAAUAAAAUAAAAAACAACAAUAUAAAUAUCGUUUAACUUAGGAACUGGACAAAUCAACAAUCUUCACUUUUGUUGAUCUCAAAACUCAACCAAAUUAAAAAUAUUUAAAGGGAGGAAGUUAUACCUAUCUAUAAAAUAGACAAAGUUAAAAUUGGAUGGAUUUUUAAAAUGAUAAAUAAAAUCAUGAAUAUAUUCCAAUUUUGAAGGCUCCUUAAGAAAAAACUGAACAUGCAGUAUUUAAAAUUCAUAUGGCCACUAGGAAUGAAGUUUGGGAAAUCUAAUUUUUGUAAUCUUGUUUUCGAAAAUUAGCUAAAUUUGUUAUUCAGAUUCAAGAUCCAAAAUAUCCAGGAAUCGAUAACUUUCCUUCUAAAAGAAAAUGGUUCGGAGAAUUUUAGUAAUUAAAAAGUUGUAUUGCAGAAUUAGAGAACUUUGUAAACAAUAAAUCUUAUACAACCUCUGCAGAAUAGAUAUUUGGAUCCAUCAAUUAAUACAGAUAGAAAUUAAUGAGAGAAUAGUUUUACAUAGAUAUUCUUAUUAAAAUUUUAGAAAGAAUUAUAACUAAAGGAGAAUUAGAGUUUUAUUAGAAAUUGGAAAAUGAUUUAGAAAAAAAUGACAGACUAUCCAAAUACAAUUUAGAAAUUGAAAACAAUAUAAUUUUCGAAGACAAAGCCUUAAUGAUGCAUGAAUAAAAAACUGAAAAUACAUUAAAAACAUAAUACUAGAAUUAUGUUAAAGCAAAAGUUGAAUUGAUUGAUUAAAUCUAUUAAUUCUUGGGAUCGGUAUGUAAAUUAAAUAAAGAAAAUCAAAUAUACACCUACGAUUUGAUACCAUACUUUUAAUUGCAUACCAAAUAUUUGCCAACAGCUAUUGAAGCAACAAUUAAUAUUGUAUCUAACAAUAAAUUUUUAUUAUAUAAACUAAGCGAAGAUAUUAAAAUUGAAUUUUAUGAAGAGAAUGAAAUUGACAAUCAAUAAAUAAAAAUACUUAUUAAUUUAUAUUAGUUUGAUGACAAAGAUGAAUAAAUGGAAAUAAAAUAACAUGAAAAAAUCAUGAAAAAACCUGUCCCCUUAAUUGAAUAUUUCAUUAAUUUGUUGUGGGAUGAUGAUGCUAAAAACAAUUCAUACUAUCUAAAAUUUUUAAGAAAUGUCUGCAGUCAUUAAGAAUUUCCCAUUUAAAUAAACCAAGAAAAUAUUUAUAAGUUAUAUAAAAAGAAUAAUACCAAAUAACCUAAAUUGGGAGUUGAAACCAAAGCAGAAGAAAGCAAAAGUAAUGAUGGUACAGUAAGGCUGACAUCCAAAGCUGGAUAGUUGAUCAUACCUUAAGAUUGUGACAUAAGAGACAUUAAUAAAAGUUCAAGGGACAAAUUUAUGUAUAUAAUUGAGUAACUCACCUUUUUUUCAGAAGUUGCUUUAGGAAGAAACUAUUCAUGGAAAAAUGAAUUAGGUGCUUAAUUUGAAAAAUCAUUCUUGUUUAGGAAUAUAUGGUUUAAGCAUCCUAUUGAUCCGAAAUAUAUAGAUUUAUAGCCUGGAUUUGCAAGAUUAGCAUUAACUUUGUACAUUGAUUAAGAGCCUUUACGGAUUAAGAAAGCACCAAUUAUGUGUUAAUUGUUUAGUGAGUGUGAAAAACCCAGAGAUUAUAUCCUUUUCAAGAGCUCAACAUAGGCAGGGGCUUCGAAUGUUUAAGAGUUGAACACAUACAAAGAUCUAGUGAAUAAUUUGAUGAAUUAUGUGAAUGAGAAGGGAGGGGAAAUAUACGAGAUCAUGUGUCCUCCAAUUCAUAAUCAAGCUGGUGAGGAAAGUGGUUCCAAGAAGUCCUCAAAUUAAAUUGGUCCAGAUAUUUUAAAGGAUGAAUUAAUUUUAAAUACAAUGAGAAUUUUGGAUAAAGUUAUGAAAUUGAACUUGAUUUGGGUAUUAGAUUAUUCUUUAGGAGAUGCGCUAUAAGUCAAUUUAAAACCGUAGUUGUUCAUUUAAUCAAUGGUUAAAUCUUGUUUAGAUAUCUUUACUUAUGAGAAGUAUGAACUUAAUUUGAUCCAAGCUCAUUGUUAAACAGAGAGACAAAGAGUUUAAAAAAAGUUACAAGAUAAAUAGAGUCAACAUAAACUCAGUGCACCAAACUUUAUGAAUCUCUUAAAAAAAUAGAAUAAAGAAGAAGAUGACAAUGAGGAAUAGAGAGGAGAAAGCUAAAUAACAAACGAUCAAAACAUAUACUUAAAUCCCAUUAUGAAGGGAUACUUAAAGUUAUAAUCAGUAAUAUAAACGUAAAACUUUUUGGAUCCAAAGUAUAUUGAGAAUGAGGUCUAAUUAAAAAUUAAGAUAUGCGAUUUUCUAGAAUACUUGUUAGAUCUAAGAUAAGAUUUCAUGAUGUAAAAUUGUAUUGUCUUUUUUAAAACAUAGAUUCUUUAAGGGGAUCAUAUAGAAAAUAACCCUGUUGCUUACAGUCAAUAUUUGUAAAAAGAGAAUAAGAAAAAACCAUUAAAUCAGAGAAGAUAAUAUGAAGAUUUAGACCAAAAAGAAAAAAAUCUAUUAAUUAUUCAGAGGUUAUUAAAAAACCAUGCACUAGGAUUAUUUCCUAAUUUAGCAUAGACAGGUAUUAAGGAAAUAGAUGAGCCUCAAAAAGAAGAGAUGAGUUUAAGUUCAUUCACUUAAAACCUAAUAAAAAUUAAUAAGUAGGAAGAGAAAGCUAAAACUAGAUUCUAUAAUUAUAUUAACAAUCCUCAAAUCCCAGAGAUUUUAGAUCUUGACUAAUAUUUAAGUUUUGCUUUAGAUGAUAGAAACCCAAAUGAUUAACCAGUUGCUAGUUUAUUACCAACAUUUUUACAUACAUUUUAUCAUAUAAAAGAUAAAGAACUAGAAAAACGAGGUCUGUAAUUGUUAUUAAGAUUGUUUACUUAAAAGGAAGAAUUCAAAAAAAACCUGUAAAAUAUGUAAGUCAUUUUCGAUUCCGAAAAGACAAUACUACAUAAAUAUAUUACAAUGAACUUGGAAAAAUUCUAAACUUUAAAUGAGCGACUUGAUAUAUGGAUUUCUAGUUAUAUUUUUGAGGAUAAGAUCACCAGUGACUUUGAAUAAGCAUAAAAGUACUUAACAAGUUUUUAUCAUGGACUAAAAAGUGAUAUCAAAUUUGAGGACAAUGAGUUGAUCUCAUAAUUAGAUGUGAUUGAUCCAAAGAAAUAAUAACUAUAUGCAAACUUAGGAGCACAUAUAGCAGUUGUUAAUUUAUUGCCAAAUGGAUUAAGAUACAUUCAUGAAUACAUAAUGGAUGUAGAAUUUGAAGAGGAGAAAAAAAUUGUUAUGAUCGACUUUUUUAGAUUAGCAUUUGAUGUUCUAAAGAAUUUCUGUUUUAACAACAAUGAAAAUUAGAUUAUACUCUUUGAGUAUUUAAAUUAUUAUCGUUACAUGCAAUACGAUCUAGGCUAAUUGGAAUUAAUCGAGACUAUAUUUUAAAAUAAUAAGACAUUACUAGUUCAAAAAGUAGAUUAAUAAUUAAUAGAUGUUAUUCUAUAAUUAAUUCUAAAAGAAGGAAGGCAAAAGAGAUUUUUACUAGCAUUUGAAUCAUUAAUGACGUACCAUUCCAAUUACAUAUUUGACAAUUAGAUUUUAAUACAAAAUAGUCUAUUACCAUUGGAAUUUGGGGAGAAAGACAUAAAGGUUUUGUAUUGUGAUGGCUCAAGAAACAGUGAUUUGAGAUUGUUUUUAGAGGACCCAAUCUAGGAACCUGAAUUAAAAUUCGUUGAUAAAUUAAGAGAGAUUGACUAUAGAGAUACAUUUAGAGAUGAGCCAUUCUUCUAUCACGCAUAAUUGUUAGAUAUUCUCAUUUAGACGACUUUAAAUAAUGUUGAAAAGAGAAAAUUUACUGCAGAUACAAAGGAGGAAGAUAUUAAAAAGAAUUUCAAUAUCAGUAUAAGUAAAUUGAAAAGAUUGUUUUCAGCAACAUAUCUACUUGAAAUUUUAUGUACCAAUGAUGCAUUUGUGAAAAUGCCAAUUACAACCAAAUCUCAAAUUUAAUACAUUGAUAGUAAUUAAAAAAUUAAAGGGGUAACUUUGAUAAAAUUGUAAGUAAUUGAAUUUUUAAGAUUGGUCCACAUCUCAUCUGAAAGAGGAUAGGUUUAGCAUUCUCAAUUAUUUCAUUGUAGAUAGUAAGUCAUUGAUUUUAUGACCUUUGAAAUCAACAGAUUGGAGAAAAUUACUGAUUUGCAUUUAUUUACUUAAGAUUUAAAAGUUUAUCACAUCGAAGGAAUCUUCCCUUUUCUUUUGGCUUACUAUGACAGAUUUCUAAAGAAUAUAGAGAAAUAGGAUUUAAGAAAAGACUUAUAAAUUAUAGAAAAAUUCUUGUAAGAAUGGUUAAAGAAGGUUAAGAAUCUAACAUCUGAAUAAAAUAUACUUUACCCAAUUAUUACAACUACUGAAGAUGCAAAGUUGUUAGUGAGAUGUUUACAAACAUUCUGCAAAUUAUUCUAUGAGAAAACUGUAAAUUAAAAAGAGGAUCCUAUUUGGAAUUAAGUGAAGAUUAAAUUGGACUCGCUUAAAGAAGCAGAUUAAAAUUAAGAUGAAGAUAUUAUAUAAAAUACUAAUACUAAUAAAAAGGCAUAUAAUGAAAUGAUAAUAGGAUAGAAUUCUAGGAAAAGCAGUUUGAUGUCAAAAUAAUUAAGCAAUCCUGAUGAGCAAUUAAUUUAAAAUACAAGUAAGAAAUAUUUACCGGAAAAGAAGAAAAUAACUGUGUUCUCAGAUAAGGAUGAUGAUUGUGAGGAAUUGUUAGAAGGUUAUGAUGCCAUGAAAUCAAAAAAAGUAGAAAAGCUUUGGAAGUUAUUUUUAAAAGAACUAUUGAAUAAGGAUCAUUUUGUGAAGGAGGCUGAAAAAGAAAGAGAAACGAUUGCCAAUGCCAUCUUAAACAUAUCUAGUUUAUUAAAACCAGAAUUUAGUAAGAACUUGACUAAUAAACCUGAUGUCAAAAGUAUAUCCAGAAAAUUAAUAUCAUAUCUCUAAUCGGCUUUCUCAGAUCCCAACUGCAAGGGGUCCAUUUAAACUUUAUUACACAUUUUAAAAAAGAUAAUUGAUACAGAUCCAACUAGAAAGGUAGAGAUGCAAAAUCUAUUCGAUAAAUUAGGAGCAACAUAAAUGGUAUUGUUAGUUUUGAGUGAAAAUAAUUAAGAUAAGAAAUUAAUGAUGUCUUUCCUUUAAUUUAUUAACACUUUGUUAGAUGGAGGAAAUGAUCAAGUUCAAGGAACCAUAUACAGUUUUAUGAUGAGCUUUAGUUAAUCUGAAAACAUUUUCUAGAAGAUCUAUUUCAUCAUUCGAAAACAAAUUGAAAAUCUAGAAAUCCUAUCAAAGUCAAAAGGAGGAUCUGAAGAAGAGUCAGCUGGGUUGCUUUAGAUAGAUUACAAUGAGUUUUAAGAAGAUUUAAGUUUGGUGUUGGAAGUAUUAACAUUCUUGUAAAAUGCUGUAGAAGGGCAUUAUCGAAAACUACAAAAUUAUUUUAGAGAACAAACUAACUCAAAAAACAACUAUGACUUAACCAAUGCUAUAACCGAUCUCUUUAAAACCUAUUAUUAUGAUGGUCGUAUUUAAAAAAACUAUGAUAAUAUGUUGAAGUGUUUAGAUACUUUAAAUGAACUAGUCUAAGGACCCUGUUCAGACAAUUAAAAAGCUAUUUCUGAAUCUAAAUUCUUGGAUAUAGCAGCUGAUUUGUUCUCCUAGUAAUAUAUUCUAUCUCCCCCAGAAGAGAUAGAAUAGAUUGGAAAACGAAAAUCUCUUUUGGAUUAACCAUUAUAGAGAUGGUAAAUUUGUAGAUUAAUGAAUAAAAUUUUGAAUUUGAUCAUGAGCUUAUUAGAAGGAAGUGAAAUAAAUUAAAACAAUCCUAUCUUAAAAAGAAUCAUGAGAAAUUUACCAAUAAGUUUAUUAGAAAAACAUUCCGUUAACGAAUAUAAUAAAUAUGUUAAAAUAUACGGUGAUAAAUAUGAAAUUGAAGCACUCGAACAUUUAUCAGUUGAUCCGUAUAAAUUACGGAAAAUGAAAGAAAGCAAAUAUGAUAAAAUUAAACAAAUAUCCUCAUAACUUCCUUACUUCGAAACUAUCUUACAGAAUGGAUUUCUGUUAUUCUUCUUAAUGAGUUAUUACAUGGAAUGUGACCCCUAUAUUGUGAGCCCAAUAAUAAAAAUUACAAGGAUGCAUAAAAAAAGGAUAUUAAAAACGUAAACGAGCAAUGAAGUUUGGUAGAUGUUUAAGGAUUCUUUUGUAUACAUGUUAAUAUAAUUUACAAUUGCUCUAAUAAGGAAUUUAUUUGGAACUUUGAAUUCCAUGAAGAAUUUAGCAACAGAUUAGUUUAAAAACAACUAAGUGUAACCAGAUAUGUCAGAAGAGGAGAGAUAAAGAAUCAAAGAGGAACAAUAUAGACAAGAUCUACAAAUGGCUAUCAAUUUUUAUUUAGAGAAUAGUGCUCAUAUUGAUGUUAUGCAUGAUGAAAAUCUAGAAGUUGUUUAUUUCAUUAAAUUACCUUCAACAAAAUAUUUACCGAAAGAAUAAAAAAUCCUAUUCCACGAUCAAGUAGAUAGAAGUACCACAUAAUCAAAGGUUUAAGGGUUAAUGAAUAUAGCUCCUACGUUGAUUGAAGUUUGUAAACAUGAAGAAUAUUUAAAGAGAUUAUUUGAUAGAUAGAAAUAUUUAGCCUUAUUAACUGACUAUGUUAAACUCUGGAGAGAACUCGCCUUUUUCUUAACCUUAUUUUUGAAUUUAUUCAUACUGUUUAGUUUUGAUGGAACAGUUGGUGAUAGGGUUGAGGAUUACAUCUUUUUUAGUCAAUAUUAAGAUUUUAGUCCUAUGCUUACUAAAACUAUAAUAUACAUCAUAGGUAUUGUAAUGACUGGCUUAUCCUUAUUCGUGGUCUCCUUUUAUUUGCUAAAGAAUGCUCCAUUGAUUCUAAAAAGAGCUUGGUUGUAAAAAGGGCUAUUCGAAGAUUAAGACCCAAACCCUCUCUUUAUAUUAAUAGACAUGUUUUACAAAUUUAUUCAAACUAUUUUAAGUUUCUUAUAGGAAGUGGAAGUAAUGUAUUACAUCGCAUAUGGUUUAUUUGCAAUAUUGGGUACUUUUUAUCACCCUUUGUUUUUCAUAUUCCAUUUAACUGAAAUUUUAUUUAGAUAUCCAACAUUAAAAAAUAUCAUUCUAUCUGUAUAUCGUCCUAGAACCUAAUUAAUUUUAACAUUUUUCCUACUAUUUCUGUUAGUUUAUGUAUUCACAAUUUUUGCUUAUUGGAGAUUAUCAAAUGAGUUUGCAGGAUAUUGUGAUACUCUUUUGUAUUGCUUUAUGAUGAAUGUGGAAUGGACAUUUAGAGGGUCAAUAGGAGAUUAUGUACAAUAAGAAUUAGGGGUUAAUGAUGUUGCUAGAGAAUUGGGUGUUGGCAGAUUCUUCUUUGAUGAGGUUAGCAAUAUCAUUUUGGGUGUUAUAAUGCUGAAUAUUGUUGCUGGUAUUAUCAUUGAUACGUUUGGAAGCUUAAGAGAGGAGGAAGGGAAUAAAUUAAAUGAUAUGGUUGACAAUUGUUUCAUAUGCGGAAAUUUAAAAGCUGAUUUUGAUAGAUUGCAAUCAAAAAGUAAUGGUGGUUUUAGAGAGCAUAUAAAAAUAAAUCAUUACAUGUGGAACUACGUUUAUUUCUUUGCUUAUUUGAGAUGGAAGGAGAAAACAGAAUAUUCAGGAAUCGAGAGUUAUGUUGAUUAAAAAUUGAAAGAGGAAGAUCUUUGUUGGGUGCCAUUUAAUCAAGCGAGAGAAUUGGUGGAUUUAGACGGUAAGAAGGGCAUCAGAGAGAAGGAACUCAUAUAAAAAAUAGAGGAGAAGAUUGUUUUUGUCUAAGAACAAAUUAUUGACAUGGGUAAACUCAUGAAGGUUGAAUUUAAAAAAAACAAUUGA